GGCGGCGGGGGGCGGGGCAUGGCGCGCGGUGAGGCGCAGGGCGGCUGGCACAGACGGCGGCGCCGGGGCCGGAGGAAAAAGCUCGCCACCCCCACCAGUCCCGUCUCAAGCUCCUAGGGACAACUGUGGACUUGGGGACCAGCGAGCACCCCCGGGGCACGAGAGGAGCCCCUGCUGCCUGCCCUGCCUCACCCUGCCCCACACCAGGCCCAGCGGCCCCGGGCUGCAUCAAGUGGAGGAGGAGGAAAAGGCGGAGGAGGGUGGCACCAUGGGCCCGGGCCGUGCCCUCCAUGCCCGGGGGAUGAAGACAUUGCUACCAUGGACAGCCCGUGCCAGCCGCAGGCCCUGAAUCAGUCUCUCCCUCAGUUGCCAGGGUCUGUGUCAGAGUCCUUGGAGCCUAGCCGAGCCAGAAUGGGGGUGGAGAGUUACCUGCCCUGCCCUCUGCUACCCUCCUACCGCCACCCAGGAGCAUCUGGUGAGGCCUCGGCUGGCAGUGGGACUCCCAGAACCACAGCCACCGCUACCACUGCCAGCCCCCUUCGGGAGGGCUUUGGUGGGCAGGAUGGUGGCGAACUGUGGCCACUGCAGAGUGAAGGUGCUGCCGCGCUGGUCACCAAGGAGUGCCAGCGACUGGCGGCCCAGGGUGCCCGGCCUGAGGCCCCCAAGCGCAAGUGGGCCAAGGAUGGUGGGGACGCCCCUUUACCCAGCAAGCGACCGUGGGCCCGGCCAGAGAACCAGGGAGCCCAGGGGGAAAGUGACGUGGGCUGCGGCAGCGGCACUGGCAGCGGCGAGGCAGGUGCUAGGCUGAGGGAGGGCGCCCAGCCCUCUGCCCCUGAGCGCCUGGCCCUGGACUACAUUGUGCCUUGCAUGCGGUACUAUGGUAUCUGCGUCAAGGACAACUUCUUGGGGGCCACACUGGGUGGCCGCGUGCUGGCUGAGGUGGAGGCCCUGAAGUGGGGCGGGCGCCUGCGCGAUGGGCAGCUAGUGAGCCAGCGGGCCAUCCCACCGCGCAGCAUUCGUGGGGACCAGAUUGCCUGGGUGGAAGGCCACGAGCCGGGCUGCAGGAGCAUUGGUGCCCUCAUGGCUCAUGUGGACACAGUAAUCCGCCACUGUGCAGGGCGGCUGGGCAACUACGUCAUCAAUGGGCGCACCAAGGCCAUGGUGGCGUGUUACCCAGGCAAUGGGCUUGGGUACGUGAGGCAUGUUGACAACCCUCAUGGAGAUGGGCGCUGCAUCACCUGUAUCUAUUACCUGAAUCAGAACUGGGAUGUCAAGGUGCAUGGUGGCCUGCUGCAGAUCUUCCCUGAGGGUCGGCCAGUGGUAGCCAACAUCGAGCCACUCUUUGACCGGUUGCUCAUUUUCUGGUCUGACCGACGGAACCCACAUGAGGUGAAACCAGCCUAUGCCACCAGGUACGCCAUCACUGUCUGGUAUUUUGAUGCCAAGGAGCGGGCAGCAGCCAGAGACAAGUAUCAGCUAGCGUCGGGACAGAAAGGUGUCCAGGUUCCUGUAUCACAGCCGACUACACCCACCUAAUGGCCAGCCCAGAGUUGUGUGGAUCAGCAGCUCCCUGCCUUCAGGGGAGCCCGGGCCCAGCUGCAGCUCACUAGCCUCAGUGCCCGCCUUUCCCUGCGCUGCUGCUGCUUCUGGCUUGCCUCCGUACUGCGUGCUGUGGAGGGUAUAAGCGUCACCGAGGACCAACAAGGAGAGGCCUCUGCUGCCCGACGAUCGGGGCUGGGUUGUGACCUAGGCAGUGGCUGCUGUCCUGCCAUGUCUGGUCCAUUGCUUGUUGAGCUGAGAGGAGGCAGGAUUUGGGGUUGAGGUGAGUCAUGGCCUCUUGCUGGCAAAGGUCCCACCCCUCCAGCCUGGAUGUGAAGUGACUCCCCAACCCCUUUGGCUAGGCACUUUAUGGACUGGGCUGCCACUGCUUGGGCAGAGUAAGGUGCCAUGAGGAGCAUGGGUAUGGAGGUCCUGCCAGCCAAGAAAUAAAAGUUUACCUCAGAGCUGCA